AUGUCCCCUGCAACUGCAUCUACCGACUUCCGACCAGAAAGACGCCUGGGUCGAUCGGGGCCUCGAUCACGAGCCGGCUGUACCACCUGCAAGAGGCGCAAGGUGAGAUGCGAUGAAGGAACCCCGAUAUGCGCCAACUGUACCCGACUAGGAGCUGAAUGUAUAUAUCGGCGGGUUCCAUCGAAGCGUUGGCAGACAGAGAGACCAACCAGCCCCGGUACACAUCCCAGUCAGCAGAAUGUGGAUCAGUCACCGACUUCCACCAAUCACCGAGACGUUGACGAGUUGAUGGAUCUUGACUCGAGCCUCAACCCUGCCUUUUACCCAGAAACUGCUUUAUUCUUUGACUUUGACGCCUUCUCUCGGAAUGCUCUGGAUUUAUGGUGUUCCCCAUCGACCUUGCUACCGGAGCCACAAGGCCUGGCAAUUCCGACGUUGGAGGACGCCAUCACAUUGGAGCAUGACCGUCAUGAUGGCGCUGCCCCUUUCGUUACAAAUCCAACCUAUGACGUGCCUGUAUGA